AUGAGGGAGGUAUUGGCGGCGGAGCGCGAGACAUUCUUCCAGGCCUCCGUCCAGGACGGCGAGCCGUACCGGUGGACCGCACUGGACACCUCCCUGGACGUCAACGGCUCUCUUCGGUUGUCGCACCUGGUGUAUCUUCCUCCGCCGUCGUUGGAGGUGUUGAGAGCGUAUGAGGGGCCUCGGGGCAUCUCACCUGCUGCGACGGUGCAUUCCGUUCGCGCCAUUGUGCGCACGUUGACCUCUAACAACAAGGUGGAGGAGUAUGUGGUGGCAUGCUUCCCGCUCGAUGUGCAGCGGUUGACCUACGCACAAACCUUCACAGUUCCGUCAACAGAAGUCGACCACAGCGAUGCGGCGGCGGCUGCCGCACCGUUGCCAAGGUACACCGUAGCCUCCCUUUUGCCUCGGCGGCACGACGCGUCAGCAGGCCUGUCAAACACAUUUCUGUUGCCAUGCCCGACAGACAUCGCUACGCAGCUGAACAUUCGGCUGGGGCUGGAUGGGUUUACAGAGCUGCGGGUGGACGGCCCAGGAACGGUGGUAUUCACGGGAGAGCAGCGGCUGACGAUGGUGAGCCACCAGAGACACGAAUGCGAUGCCCACUGA